AUGGAUAAUGUUAGAAUAAAAUUGUAUAGCAAAAUUCCAAUUUCUUCUAUUAUUGGAUCGUUGGCUAAAGAUAAAUUUUGUAAUGUAUUAGGGCAUCCCAUUAGCAAAGCGACCUGGGCGGAUUCAUCAGAUUCUGAUAUUCUCAACCGAUUUGUGCGUAUAUGCAGAAAUAUUUCUCAUUAUUACAGCGGAUCCUCAAAAAAAAAAUUUUUGUAUCGAAUAAAAUAUAUACUUCGUCUUUGUUGUGUUAAAAACUUUGGCUCGUUGGGCUCGGGUUUAUUGGAAGAAUUUCUUACGGGGGAAGACCAAGUUCUUUCUUUAAUCUUCCCAAGAAGUUAUUAUGCUUCUAAAAGAUUAUAUCGAGUUCGGAUUUGGUAUUUGGAUAUUCUUUCUCUUAAUGAUUUG